AUGGACCGAUCAAACUUCUUGCUCAAAUUCAUCACCUUGCUUAUAUGCCUUCUUCCAGUUCUUCAGGCCUGUCCUCAGAAUUGUCACUGUCAUGGAGGAGACCUCCACCAUGUCAUUUGUGACAAUGUUGGAUUGAGAAGGAUUCCCAAAGUAGCUGAGCAGACCCGUCUUCUCAAUCUGCAGAGGAACAAUUUCCCUGUGCUGCCAACCAAUGGCUUUAGAGAGAUGAAAAAUCUUGUCUCUCUUCACCUCCAACAUUCCCACAUCAAAGAAAUCUCCAGUGGAGCUUUCCGGGGCCUGAAGCAGUUAGUCUACCUUUACCUAUCAAAUAAUGACAUCAGUGUCAUAAAGAUGGGAGCCUUUGAUGACCUGACAGAACUUACUUACCUCUACUUAGAUCAUAACAAGAUCUCUGACCUGCCCAAGGGGGUCCUCUCUCCACUGAUUAAUCUUUUCAUCCUGCAGCUAGGUAAUAACAGGCUCCGAGAGCUGAGAUCCGGAGCCUUCCAUGGUGCUAAGAACCUUCGCUGGCUCUAUCUCUCUAAUAACACAAUCUCCUCCAUCCAACCUGGGGCCUUGGAUGAUGUGGAAAACCUAGCCAUAUUCCACUUGGAUAAGAACCAGCUGAACAGCUACCCAGUGGCUGCAAUGAGCAAAUUAAGGGUGGUGGAAGACCUGAAGCUCUCAAACAACCCAAUGAAGGUCAUUCCAGAUUUAGCCUUCCAGUCUUUUGGGCGGUACAUGGAGACCCUCAGCUUGGACAGCAUGGGAUUAGAAAAGUUUUCAGAUAAAGCAUUUGCUGGCACAACUGCACUAAAGAAUGUUCAUAUAGAGCACAACAAAAUUUCCAGUCUACCUAGGAGCUUUCCAUUCAGCCGUCUUGAGACAUUCUCCCUGUCCAACAACCCUUGGCAUUGCUCUUGUCAGCUAGCACCUUUGCGCAGGUGGCUGGGGUCUACUCGUUCUCGCCCAGAUGCAGUGUGCGCAUCACCUUCUCAGGCUCGAGGACAGCAGAUUCGAGACACUGCUGCACUCCGUAGCUGCAAGCUUCCCGCUAAGAGAUCCAGAAAGGGAAAUCGCCAUUAAGCAGGCAGUUGAGGUUUUCCUCUUCUGUUAAAUACCUAUCGGCCCUUGGAGGUAGCCCAGACAAAGA